UGCAGUGACAAAGGUGAAUCUGUAACAAUAUGCCACAUACACAAGAUUAUAAGUAAUAUUCCUUUUAAUAGCUUGGAGAUAGACACCAGAUGAUCCACACCCCAAUGUUAUUAGAGACAACAAAAUUGGCAAUCAGCAAGAUUCCUCAGUCCUCCAAAGACCCUGUAUGGACAAGAUCAGCAUUGGGGUUUCCGAAGAACCACUGCCAGGAAUCAGUCAGAGCCACGGGCUUUAUAUCUUCAUUCAGUUUUGACUCACCGUUCAGGUUCAGCAGUUAUGCUUUCACUUAUAUAUUCGGAAAUGUUAAAAAUGCUACGUAUGUGGGGCCUUUUGGAUUUUGAUGUAGAGAUUUACUUCCCUCAUGAUCUUGAGAGUCUGCCUAGAGGGUACUGUAAACAAAGAAGCAAGGUGUCUGAUGAACCUCAUAUAAUGACAUCGCAGUCCCUUCUGGUGGAGAUCUUGAGGAACCUUAAAGAAGCUUUCUGGCCCUUCCAAUAUGAUCAUUCUAGAAGCCUAUUCUUAAGGGCAGCUCAUGCUGCUAACUGCAUUGGUGGACCAAACACUGUGAAAGAAAGUGGCUUUGACCUUGCAUCUGCUAAGGCUGCUCAACAUAGACUGGAGCGUGGGGUUUGGACUAGCGUACGCUAUGGUGAUAUGCGACGAGCACUGUCUGCCUGUGAACGUCUAAUCCUACUGGAAUAUGAUCCUGAUGAAUUAAGGGAUUACAGCAUUCUUCUUUAUCACUGUGGGUUUUAUGAAGAAUCUCUGCAGUAUCUUAAAUUCUACAAGUCCUCGAGGAGUUCUUCCUUCAAUAAGACAUCUUCCAGUAAAUCCAGUGACCUGGAAGAAAAUGCAGUUGAAAAACUGAUGGUUCGUCUCAACCUCAUUUCCACGGAGGAAGGCUGGACCAGACCCUCGUAUGUUAGAAAUUUCUUGAGUAACAACUCUGAGCCAUGGUAGUAUCUGCUAGGGAAUCAAACUUCUAAUAGAUUCUAAAGUGGAAGCUCUCAAUGCAUCUGAUCCGGUCCAUCAUCCGUGGGGAUGAAACUGGAUUAUGAAAUCCAGAGUCAAAAGAGUAAAUACUGCAUUAGCUUUUUGUACAUUCUCCUAUGAGAGUAGGUGAUGGUCCCAGUAUAACUACGUAUAGUGAAAUGCAAUAUGUUGUAUAUGUAAUUGUAAAUGGCUGUGUAUAUACAUAUUCCUGCACUGUAAGCCUGGCGAUUUGCUGGGAGUUGGGAUGAUUUAUUAGUCUGUAUUCUUGCUGUUGAAGAAUCAGGACAGAAGAUGCAGAAACUUGUAUAUUCUCUUAAGCCUUAUCCCAACUAUAUGGGGUUGGCAACAUGAAUCUUGUUUUGCCAUUCCAUUAUCAAAUUAUGAGUUGCUUAAGUGAUUAAUUACUACAA